AUGACCGAAGAGCUCGACUUUGCGUCCCUUGCGCAGCACUAUGGACAUGAUGCAGACAAUCGAAGCGGAGACCAGUUCUCGGACUAUCGAGGCGAGGAAGGUCUGAUGCCAGACGACCCGUAUCAUCCAAGUGACUACUACCCUGCUACGAUGCCGCCGCUGUCCAAUCCGAACCCCUUUUUACAGGGCAGCUACUACCAACAAGGUCCGCCCUCUGAUCACUAUGAAGCUGCAGCGCUAUCGCGACACUUUGAUUUCGAUCGGGCCCAAGUUGAAGGCUUAGUGGCCCAGCCAUCGCCUUCGUCUUCGGCGACGAUCAACCACUACCCUCCAUCGCCUUAUGCGUUUGACCAUCGCAGCCAGAUGAAUGCGGACAAUCGCGGUCAAAUGACCACCCACUACCUCGGCCAAUUGUAUCCCGACUACGGUGAUCCAAUGAAUCCAGACUCUCGCGGUCAGACAGACCUUCCCUUUCGCAGUCAAGUGUAUCCUGGCUUUUCUAGUCAGGCGAAUCAUGACAACGACAGCUAUACGAAUGCCAAACCUCGCAGACAGACGCACGCAGACUUCGGCAGCCUUGAAAGUGCUGGCGUUCGCAGUCAAGGCAACGAGUCGAAAAUCAUUCCCCUCCCACCGCAGCCUCAAGAGAGGUCCAAUCACGAACCUGUUCGGCCCUCAGAGAACCAGCGUGGGGUCUGGGCUGAACCAGAGCCAGGCCGAAAGGUGCAACUCGUUCCUGUCUCAAGCUUGCCGGCUCUUUAUCGACCUCUCUUUAGCUUCCCAUUCUUCAACGCAGUCCAGUCGCUCUGCCUGCCCAAGGUCUUGGAAUCGACAGAGAACAUCGUCCUCUCCGCACCCACCGGCUCCGGCAAGACGGUUGUGUUCGAAUUGGCGCUACUUCGCAUGCUCACCAAAGAUCCUGAAAACGCGCGCGCCGUCUAUUUGGCUCCGACCAAAGCGCUUUGCGCGGAGCGGACGCGGGACUGGUCGGCUCGCUUCGGCCCUGUCGGGUGUGGUGUCACAGAGCUGACAGGAGACUCUGUGCAUGGUCUUCACGUCGCACGAAAGAGCCGCUUGGUUAUCACAACGCCCGAGAAAUGGGACAGCUUGACGCGCAAGUGGGACGAACAGUCCGGCAUUCUCUCCACCGUCCGUCUCGUCUUGAUCGACGAGGUGCAUAUCCUCAAUGAGGCGCAACGCGGAGCCCGUCUCGAAGUCGUGGUAACAAGGACCAAGAAUCGAGGCAACCAGGUGCGCUUCGUAGCCGUUUCAGCCACCGUGCCAAACCUCGAAGACGUCGCAAGAUGGAUCGGGCCCAACUUGUACACGCAACGACAGGGCGAGUCCGGACCUACCAAAACCACGGCCGAGAUCUUCCAGUUCGAUGACAAGUAUCGCCCCUGUCCGCUGCAGAAGCACGUCUACGGCUAUGCCAAGAACAAGGACGAAUUUGCCUUCCAGGCGUACCUCAAUUGCAAGCUCUUCGAGCUGGUCGAGACACAUGCCGCUGGUCGACCGUGCUUGAUCUUUUGCGCCACUCGCAGAUCCACCGUCCAAGCCGCCAAGGCUGUUGUUGAGGCUCGCAAGCAGGCGAACGAAGACGCAGACGGCCCCUCGCUUCCGAUCGGGGACGAGGGAGGUCCAUCAAGCCAGGCGCAGUUGAGCUUUGACGAUGAGGACCUCCGGACUCUCGCAUCCUCGGGCGUGGCUUUUCAUCACGCCGGACUCACCGCAUCCGAUCGUCGAACAGUGGAGCAGGCUUUUCUUGCCGACAGAGUUGCGGUUCUGUGCUGCACGACCACAUUGGCGACUGGAGUCAACUUGCCCGCGUACUGCGUCAUCAUACGAGGUACAAGGCAAUACGACGGACAUUGGAUCGAAAUGUCGGAGCUCGACAUGAUUCAGAUGAUGGGUCGAGCCGGUCGGCCUCAAUUCGAUCGUAGCGGCGUUGCCGUCAUCAUGUGCGAGGACACCAUGCAAGGGCACUAUCGAGAGCUCGUCAGCGGCAGUCGAGGGAUCGAGUCGAGCUUGGCCCCUUGCUUGGUCGAGCACGUCAACGCCGAGAUCGGGCUGCGCGGAAGAACGACCGAGUCUCAGAUUGAAGACUGGAUUCGCCAGAGCUUCAUGUGGACUCGACUGCACAAGAAUCCCACCUACUAUCUGAGCCGAGAAGAGGGCAUUGGCCUCGACAGCGUCGAAGACAUCCUCAAACACCUUGUCACCCAGACGCUGACAGCUCUACAGGAGGCUUCUUUGAUCGCCCGCUCCGAAGACUCUGUCGAAAUCUCGUCCACUGAAUACGGUAUCAUCAUGUCGCGCUUCUUCCUGCGUCACAAGACGAUGCUGGCGCUGAUUGCCAUGCCGCUCAGCGCCCACACCCGAGAAAUCCUCGAAGCGAUCUGCGAAGCGGACGAAUUCGGAGAACAGAGGAUGCGACAGGGCGAAAAGGGCUUCCUCAACGAUCUUCGAACUCACCCAGAGAUCCGUUUCCCGCCCCGCCAGGUCUCGCGAGUCGCGGACAAGGUUUCCUUGCUGAUACAGGCCCAUCUGUCUGCCAUAAAUCUCUCGCACGUCGCCAAAUCAGGCAUGGGCGAAGCAAGUCCUUAUAUGGACAUCAAGCGGAUCUUCCCGCACGCCACGCGCAUCGCAAAGGCAGUCGUCGACGUCACCAUCUAUCGUUGCGAUGGUGUGGCAUGCAAAGCGGCACUGGAUUUGGCACGAUCCAUUGCCGCUGGCGCCUGGGAGGGCUCUCCUGCGAUGCUCCGACAGUUUGACCAGAUCGGUGAACGCUCCAUCAAGGCGCUGGCGAAUGCGGGCAUCGUGACGUGGCAGAAGCUGUCCGAGACGACUUCGACCAAGAUCGAGAUGAUCUUGAAUCGUCACCCUCCCUUUGGCAGCAAGGUGAUUGCUGCGGCGCAAUCUGUGCCUCGUAUCGGCCUCGAGGUGAUGCAGCGGUCCGCCGAGCCUUCCAAAGCGACUUCCUUCACACUCCCGGCAAACAGGGCCGGAACCUCGUUAGAUCCCGCGGACUUGGCCCCUUUCGGCAUGAAGGUGGUGCUCGAGGUGAAGAUUUGGGUCGAGAAUCGAGCGACUUGCAUGCUCAAAAGCAAGACUUCGAGGAUGCCGCUGAGCAUCUGCGUGCUCAUGCUGAGAUCCGACGGCGGCUACGUCGACUUUCGUCGCAUGCCCAUCUGGCGUUUUGACUCCGAAAAGCGCUUCACGGUGCACGUCCACCUUGACAACCCUCGCAUGCGCGUCGUCACCACUGCGGCGUGCGACGAGAUCGCAGGCACGCUCGUACAAGCGAGCCUACUACCUGUCGACGUGGCGAGUGGCUCUCACAGGAUCAGAAUCGCGCGUGCCGAGAUUCAGAACGGCAGCCCGAACGAUUUCGAUGCUCUUGCCGAGGAUGAGUAUCGAGCUGGACCAUCUCGCUCCUUUGCCGACAGCGAAGCUGCUCGAGCUUCGAGAGGGGCAGAGUUGCCAGACGAGCAUGAUGCGGACGAGGAGUCGUCCUGGAAAAAAUGCAAGCACAAGUGCAAGAGCGAAUGUGGACAUCCGUGCUGCCAGCGUUCGAAGGAGGUUGAAGCUUCCGGCAAGCUGCCCAAGUAUCGCUUUCAGAGCCGCUUGCCUGACCAAAGCUCACAGAGCACCGUGCCGCGCUAUCUGAAGCCUGCAUCGACGCCGUCUGGCAGCUCGACAGCCAUUACGCAGAAGCGAAAAGCUGAAUUGGAGCCUGCGCUCGCCUACGAUUUGGAAGCCCCUCAGGAUCUGCUGAGCCGGCUCGAUCGACAGGAGGCCGAGUACGAUCGAAUGCACGGCACGACGCAGCCAUUGCAGAUGCCCGGCCGAAGGGGCGAAGACCGACGAAUGGCCGACGACGUUGAUGGCGAUGCGAGUGCGAACGGGCUAUCGCCCUCAAAGCGUAGACUGACCACAGAGCUCCCUGGCCGCGACGGUCGGAGCUGGCACGAAGAGGGAGCCCCUCGCGUAUCUCAGCUACGCAGCACGGAUCGUGAGCUCGAUGCGAGUGAGGCUCUACUCCUGCUUGACGAGCAUGACCAGACUGCUCGAGCGCCACCGGCAUCGACGCCUUCGGGCCCUGCUCAGCGCCGCUUUCUCGCAGGCAUCGGCCCUUCGCCAUUUGGCGACAGGACCGACCCGAAUGACUAG